ACCUAUAACGCACUAUACCUGUCCCCCAAGUUUUCGUCCCAUCAAUUUUACCCCUGACCCAGGGAGACUACCUAGUCUCCCUGCCCUGACCGUUCUUCUAUACCAAGUAUAAGUCUAUAUUCGUUGUAUAUAUACCUAUAUCGGCUAUAUCGUUGAUCCGGCUCUGCUUCAAAAUGGCGGCUAUGUCAUGUUUUGGGUACACGCACGUGUUUUGACGAUGAGUUUCAACGUGAUAUAAAAUUUGCGUCAAAAAGUAUAAAUCUUGAAAAUAAAUAUAAAUAAAGAUGACAAAACAAGAAGCUCAUCGACCUGGUAUUUUCAAAAAACCGAACAAGGUCCACAAAACCGGUAGACAUCGAAGUAAGGGAUCCAUUUCUAAUGAUGCUAAAGGUCGAAUAUCAGUUAAAGCUCUUUCCAAACAUGUAAAGAAAGAACUUGGCAAAGAAGCACGUCGGCACCAACUACAACAAAUUCGUUCGAAUAAACGAGAAGAAGUGUUGAAGAAGAAAAGGAGUCUUGGUGGUGCACAAAGUCCACCAAUUUCUAUUGCUGUAAUUGCUCUACAAGAGGAUGUAAAUAUAGAUAGCAUUGUAAAUUUGUUAACAAGUGCUGAUGAAGAAGCCAUAAUUUCCAACAGCUCUUGUGCUACUCACAUUAGUAUACCAAGGUUCAAACAACGUUUUUCUAUUAUUGUGCCUCCUACUGGUAAUAUUUUUGGAACAUUAGAUUUAACAAAAGUUGUCAACACAGUUUUAUUUGUGACGUCUGCUGUGAAUGAAUCAGACAAAAGUCAAAGAAAUGAUGUACUCGAUUUAUGGGGAGAAGAAAUCAUUCAAUCAGUUAUUUCUCAAGGUUUGGCAACACCAAUUAUUGCUGCUGCAAAUGUAGAAUGUUUACCUCCUAAGAAACGUCAAGAGUAUAAACAACAUGUACAAAAGAAAUUAUUUAAAUGGAUCCCAGAAGAAAAGGUAAUGACCAUUGAUAAACCUGCAGAUGGACUAAAUAUACUGCGAAGAGCUGGAUCUCAGAAGCAAAGAAAUGUAAUUUACAGGAAUAAAAGAUCAUAUCUAAUGGCGGAAAAUGUUAAGUUUAACCUUGAUGAAAAUGACACAUUGGCGAAUAAUUUUGGAACAUUAGAAGUCUCCGGAUAUUUGCAAGGUUUGCCUUUAUCAGUAAAUGGUUUGGUACAUAUACCAGGCUUUGGAGAUUAUCAAAUGUCUCGCAUUGAAGAAACAAAAGAUCCUUUUCCUCUGGGACCUGAAAAAGUACUUCCUGGCACAGAUGUUCAAAUGGAUGGAGAAACAAAAGUUCUUGCAGUUGCAAAUCCAGAAGAACAGGAAUCUUUGGAAUCUGAAAAUAUCCCAGAUCCAAUGGAUGCAGAACAAACUUGGCCAACUGAUGAAGAAAUAGCUACGGCAGAAAUGAGGCAAAAACAGAAGAUCAUUAAGCGUGUGCCAAAAGGUACAUCAGAGUAUCAAGCAGCAUGGAUUCCCGAUGAAGAUGGAGAAGGUAUUGACGAGGAAGAUGAUGAAGAUGUUGAAGAGGGUGAUGAAGACAUGGCAAUGGAUGGAAUGGAAGCUAAAUCUGAUGAAGAAAGUGAAUUAGGUAUUGAUGACAAAGAAGAAUAUGAAACAAUAACAAUUUCAGAAGCUCCUGAUGAACAAAAAUAUGACGAAAAAAUGGAUCUAUAUGAGGAAAGGCAAGCAAUGGUAAAGUUCAAAGAGGCUAAACUGGACUCACAAUUUCCUGACGAAGUUGAUACACCACAAGAUAUAAACGCUAGAGAUAGGUUCCAAAAAUAUCGAGGUUUGGAGUCAUUCCGAACUACAGUGUGGGACAAAAAAGAAAAUUUACCAUUCGACUAUGGUAAAAUAUUUCAAUUCGAAAAUUUCGAUCGUACACGUAGGCGUAUCUUUAGACAGCGAGAAGAUUUAACUGACGUACAGCCCGGAUCGUACGUUACUAUAUAUAUUAAAGGGGUUAGCAAAGAGUUGUUUGAUGCAUAUCGAACCUCGCACAAUCAGCCAUUAAUAGUAUUUGGGAUUUUAGAAAAUGAACAUAAAAUGUCGGUUUUGAAUUUCUUAUUGAAACGUACAGGAAAUAGUGACAUGCCAAUUAAGUCGAAAGAACGUCUAAUUUUUCAAUGCGGUUUUAGAAGGUUUACAGCUAGUCCAAUAUUUAGCGACCACACAAAUGGAAACAAACAUAAGUAUCAAAGGUAUUUUCAACCUAAUUCUACAAUGGUUGGCACAGUUUUUGCACCAAUCACAUUUCCACCUUGUCCAGUUUUAUGUUAUUUAGAGAAAAAAGAUGGAAGCUUGGAAUUAGUUGCAACUGGUAAUUUAUUAUCAGUUAAUCCAGAUAGACUUGUGAUAAAACGAGUUGUUUUAAGUGGUCAUCCAUUCAAAGUACACAAGCGAUCAGCUGUAAUAAGAUUUAUGUUCUUUAAUCGAGAAGACAUACUUUGGUUCAAACCUGUAAAACUACGUACAAAAUAUGGACGCAAAGGACAUAUUAAAGAGCCACUGGGAACGCAUGGACAUAUGAAGUGUAUCUUUGACGGUCAAUUAAAAUCUCAAGAUACAAUUUUGAUGAACUUAUACAAAAGAGUCUUUCCAAAAUGGACAUAUGAACCAUUGCUAAUUACAAUGUCUUUGAAAGAAUCAAGUGAUAUGAAAAUGGAGUAAAAUUAAUUGUAAAAGUAUGUAUUAUACAUAUGAAUUUUUUAUGUUGAAAAAUGUAUUAUAUACUGGUACAUGAAUCGCUUAACAAAUUAAGAUUUUUAUUUGAGUUAAUUCAUAAAUAUCUCUAUGCCGAUA